UGUCGCUUAAGGUUUUACUUUUUGGCGAAGUUCUUAAAUUUAAGCUUUUUUUGUUUGUACAAACAAAGUUAUUGUGGAACUCGACCGAGCCUUCAUAAAUCAGUGUAUUUUUUUUACAAUUUUGUAACCCUUUUGUUUCCCGAAGCAUCAAUUUUUAAGGCAAAAACAAAUAAUGGAGGUUGCGUACAACUUUUCUCAGCACCUAUAUUGCGUAAGCAUUUGUUUUGAUGAAAAAAAAAUGUAUACAAAAUACUUUAUCAGUGGUAUUAAGCAGGGCGUCAACCGAGGAAAUUACAUUGAGGAAAGAGCCUCUAUUCUAUACCGAGUAACGACUAAAAAGGAUAAUCAGCUUGAAGGGGAGAUUAUGUUUUCAGGGGCUGAGGCCGAUGAACGGAGAAUGUUUUACACUGGAAAAGACAACCACAUGUAUGUUGAUAGUGUUUUUCUCGGGCUAAAUAAAAUACACAAAAAGAUGGAAAAGGAAAGGAAAGAAAAUAAAAGCAAUUAUGAAUACGAUGUUCAUGAUACCGCCAUUCUACAAGGUGCAAGAAGACUUUUGGAAAAAAUUAAGACAUGGAGUCCGUUGUCAAAUAGUACUCGACUUGCUGAGAUGUCUGAUUACCACUUUGCAAUGACACUCCCUACAAAAUGGGAUAAAAAGAUACAGACAAACCUAAUUCGCCCUCUUUUUGUUGAAGUGGGACUUAUUACGAACACAGAUCAUCCCGACAAAGUUUUAUUUUUUACUCAACUUCAAUCAGAUUUUCGGUACCUCCAAUCUUUGGAUAAUUAUGACCGUAGAAAUAACGACAAGAAAACAGCUAAUGAAAAAAAAAUUGAUAAGGAAGCAACUAUCAGCCAUAAAAUUAACAAAAAGAUCAUAAGCCGCAAAAAAUAUCAUGUGUGUUCAUUGACGUUUACAGAAAAUAGGCUGUCUGUCAAUAUAGAUUUAUUUUCAGCCUACCAUCCUCAACUAACCACAGCCUACAGCCACUAUGACGCAAAAUUUUUAAGCAACGUCUCAUUUUGUGUCACUUUUGAAUCCAAAAUUAAAAGAUGUAUAGAAUUAUACAUAAAAAUAGACGGCCUCGAUAUCAAGCAAGUCGGUUUAGAGGACUUGAACGAGGUUGCGAGGUUUAUUUCGGAGCAUAGAUUAGAAGAAACCUUACAGAGCUCAGAGUUUACGAGGAUACUUGUUACCCAAGAAACUUUGGAGAUGGAAAUUACCAAAAAUAAUUUGGGGCCAAAAGAAAUUGAAGACCUAUCAAAUUUACAUGCAAACAAUAUCAGAAGUUCUUUUAUGCGUGUUAAGACAGACCUUUAUGAACGUAUAUUUCAUCCCAUCGAAGAAUCAUUUUGGAGAAAUAUGAAAAUCUUAUACAAUUACAGUACUACUUUUGUGUAUGCAGCAAUCUUAAUAUUACGUGAUAUACAUGCUACUAAAAGAGAUACGGGUCCAUAUGAGAUGAUAUUAAAAUGGCUAGAAGAUGCACUCAACAAACGCUCCGAUUAUAAAGCAAUAAUAUUUGGAAAUGGUUCGAAUGCUAUUCAUCGUGUACCAAUUACCGAUAUGUUGGCAGGAACUGCUAAUCAGAUAAAACAUUAUAUCGAAAAAUCUAAUGCGGUAAGGGAUCCGUUAGAAAUCAUUGGAAAUGUAACGGAGAAGAUGGGUGUGUUUCCUUUGAUGCCAUUGUUUAAGGACUCAAUACCAAGUUUUAUAAUUAAUAUAGGUAAUUACUUGUAUUUAAGCAUGGAUUCGCUAACAAGAUUAUAUGAUAUAGCAUUGGAUAUUGACUUCGCUUGAACAGAUAUAAGUUUUGAUAAAAUCGAAUUUGCAUGUACACACAUGGGAACCGAUACUUCGUGUCAAUGAAUUCCAUUGUUAAUUAAAUUAAU